AUGGGAUCAGUGUCGCUGAAAGUCGGCGACGGCACCGCCAGAUUCAAGCGAGCAACACUCUGCUCAUCGGCGGUAAACCUUCUCAUGAUCCUUUCAGUCCUCACUACAAAUCUCUUCGCUCUCUACGCCUUCAAUUACUCCCCCACUCACCACCAUCACAAUCUCAAUUCCCAUAAGAACAUCUCCUUGAUCUCCGAGCAUGUCUCCCAAAUCCUGCGGGAGAUCGAUUCAUCUCAGAGAAAGCUCGCCAAGAUGGAGAAGGAGCUUCUGGGUUACGACAGCAUCGACAUCUCAAGACCCAACAUCGCCAGUGAGCUCAAAUUGUACCUCCAGCAUCACCAACUGCCACUAGGGAAAGAUUCAAGAACUGGGAUCACUGAAAUGGUGGCUUCAGUUGGCCAUUCCUGUGAGAAGUCGACGGAUUUGCUGUCUCAGUAUAUGAACUACAAGGUUUCUGGUUCUUGCCCUGAUGAUUGGAGUCUUGCUCAGAAGCUGAUACUUCGUGGGUGCGAGCCUUUGCCGAGAAGGAGGUGUUUUGCUAAAGGUGGGAGUAAGUUGGGGCUUCUGAAACCUUUUCCUUUGUCUCUUUGGAGCUCUGUCGUUGACAAUAAGGUGGUUGGUAGUUGGAGUGGUUAUGGUUGCAAAGGGUUUGAUUGUUUGAGUAAGAAGAAGUUGAGUAGGGAAUGUGUGAAUUGCUUUGAUUUGGCUGGGGUUGAGAAUCAGAGGUAUGUGAAGUCCAAAGGGAAGAAUGAUUUCUUGUUGGAUGACGUUUUAGGGUUGGGCAGCGGUGGGAUUAGAAUAGGGUUCGAUAUCGGUGGUGGAUCGGGGACUUUUGCUGCUAGAAUGGCUGAGAGGAAUGUCACUGUGAUUACAAACACAUUGAAUGUCGAUGCUCCAUUUAGUGAGUUUGUGGCUUCAAGAGGGCUGUUCCCUCUGUACUUGAGUUUGGACCAUAGGUUUCCAUUUUAUGACAAUGUGUUCGAUCUGGUUCAUGUGUCCAGCGGAUUGGAUGUUGGUAGCAAGGUGGAAAAGCUCGAGUUCUUGAUGUUUGACAUCGAUCGUGUGCUUAGGCCAGGUGGUUUGUUUUGGUUGGAUAACUUCUAUUGUGCUAAUGAUGAGAAGAAAGGAGUGUUGACGAGAUUGAUCGAGAGAUUCGGGUAUAAGAAGUUGAAAUGGGUUGUGGGAGAGAAGGUCGAUGCAGCAACUGGCAAGUCUGAAGUUUAUCUAUCUGCAGUGCUUCAAAAGCCGGCAAGAGGCUGA